AUGGGCAGUAUUAACCGUUCCAGGGUUUUUGUAGCAGUUCUCAUUGUGUCUAACCUUGUGUUCUUCACUUGUGUCUCCUCUAAUAACGUUCCAUGCCCUCCAAAGGGUACUACUCCUCCACCCGCCAAUGCGCCUAAGAAGCAAGGCAAGUGCCCUAUAGACACCCUCAAGUUUGGCGUUUGUGGAAGCUGGCUCGGGGUGGUCACCGAGGUCAUUGGGGCUAAACCUAGUGAGGAAUGUUGUUCCCUUAUAAAGGGCCUUGCAGAUCUUGAAGCUGCAUUCUGUUUAUGCACUGCCAUUAAGGCCAAUGUUCUUGGGGUUGUCAAGCUCAAUGUGCCCAUUGCUUUAAGUUUGCUAGUUAACUCCUGUGGGAAGAAGGUUCCUCAAGGAUUUGUCUGUGGUUGAUUAGAAAUUAUGUCUCUCCUCAAAUGUGAUUUAAGUGUGUGUAUUUGUGUUUGUUUUUUUGGCUAGAAUUGUACUUCAGUUGUUUGUCUAUGAAAUAAAGCUAGUUAGCUUGAUUUGUGUAGCUUAGACCAGUCCAUGCAUUUGUUGCACGACAAUUAAUGAUGUUAAACUCUUAUUUUUAGGUUGAUAUAUGACCAAGAAUUAGGGGUGUUACUUUCAUUUUAUUUU